AUUACAUUAGUGUUUUAUUCAAAUAAAUCUUAAACAAGAUAAACUUUAGAAGUAUCCAUGACUAAAAGUACUUGUUUAACCAGAGUUAUGGUUUAAACACCGAUUACAUCCAUACUAUUAUUAUUAUUAUCAUUAUUAUUAUAAAAGGAACUACUUAGUAACAGGUUGUGAUAUGAAUAUACAUUUUAAGGAAUUAAUUAUCGGAUAAGUUAUACUGCUUUACAUCAUUAUCAGUAUAAUUGAAGAAAACAAUCAUAAGAAUUCACCAGAAUAUUUUCAUCAAUCUAUUUGUCCUACCAGUUUAUGUGGUACAGUAUGAAAAAUAUGAAAUCAUAUCAUCUGAAGCUUCAAUUCUUCAAUGUUUAUAAAAUCUCCACAUUGAGUAAUAAUCGAAAAAGCAUUUAUUUAAAUAUAAAUCUAAUUUUAUUUUUAUUUUUAACUAGCCUUCAUAUAUUACCGAAUUCUUUUCUAGUAGUAUGUUCUAAUUUGUCUAAAUCAGCAACAAAAUUAAAAACCCCUUUGAACACUAUGAAUCAGUUUAAACAAUGUUGUAAAGAUGGAUUAAUUGCAGCUCAUAGUUUAGAUGUACCAAUAUUAAAAGGUGAAAGUAUUCAGUGUAGUAAUGAAACGUGUGCAGACAUUUUACAGCUAGGAACAUCUGUGAUUGAAAAUGACAGGGAAAAGGCAUCACUAUAUUCAGAUCAUUUUUGGUGUCAACGUGUUCAACAUUUCUGUUGUUUAUCAGCUAGAAAGUUAAAAGCAUGCCAAAUUGGUUCAGAUCAUGUGGUAAAAUAUAAUUCAGAGAAUUGUUCACUUGGUGAAUUUGUUAAUCUUGUCGAUAACCGGUUGACACCAAUUGCUAGGGAAUGUUGUCUUUGCCAGUUAAUAUGGAGUAAAAGUUCUAUGAGUAAGGACGGCUUACUUGAAAAUAAUCAUGUUAUCACGCAAAGUGCUUGCCCUGAUGGGAACUGUUGCAGUAUGCUUAGCCAAAAAUUAAUGGAAGAUAAUUCAAGUUCUGUGUCUAAGUCAUCCAUGAUCAUGUCUGACGACUCAAAUGUUCAUCGAAUUAUUAAAGAAUACUUGACUACUCCUGAAGAGAUAAUGACAACACUUAUGACUUCCACCACACCAAUAACAACAUCGUCUACAACGACCACAAUGAAGUCGGAAACAGCAACAACAAUAACAAUGACAAGUGAAGAAAAUUCGAAAACAACGGAUACUUUAGAUGAAGAUGAUGAUGAGUUUUCAUUCAGUCUUGUUGGUGGGAUAGAUUUACCAGAUUCUUGGUCAGAAACAGAUAAUGAUAAUACAGUUUUGAUCGAGGGAGGUAAUGAUCACAGUCUGAACUCAACAACUACAGAGUCUGCCGUAAUCAGUCAACCUUUACUGAUGACUGAUGCUAAUGAUUUUACAACUUCAACUUCUACUACCACUGAAACUACAAAGGUAACCAGCACUUUUGUUACUUCUAGUGUUCAAUUACCACUUGAGACAACAGUAAAACCGGAUAAAAGAACUAAACAGCUGAAUAUUAUACAAUGCCAAGAAAGUUUUGUUUGGGAUGAAAAUCAACAGUUAUGUGUUAAACAAGUAAUUUCAUGUCCAGUUGGAAUGUAUCUCAGUAAAGAAACAAGAAAGUGUAUUCCAAUGUCACCAGACAGGUCAGACUGUCCUCCAGGUUAUAGGCUAUCUAGUACAAGAGAUGAAUGUGAGGAUAUCAAUGAAUGCAUUGAAGGUCUUGGUUCGGGUCAACUGGCAUGUGCAGGUGAAGGAAUAAAGUGUGAAAAUCUACCAGGUUCAUACAAUUGUUCGUGUAAUUCUGGAUUUUCUAUGGCUUCAGAUGGAACUUGCGUUGAUAUUAAUGAAUGUACAUCAAUGUAUAGUCCUUGUCUUAUUGGCCAGCAGUGUCGUAAUCUGAUUGGUUCAUAUCAGUGCCUACGUGAAGUUCCGUGUGGUUACGGUUAUGUACUCAAUCCUAGAAAUCAACAGUGUGAAGAUGUUGAUGAAUGUAAAAUUGAUCCGCAUAUCUGUGGUAAAGGCAUGAUUUGUAUCAAUGUCCGUGGAGGUCAUAAAUGUGUUGAUCACCAUUGUCCUGGAAAUGCCAAACGGAAUAAAGUUGGUGACUGUGUUCCAUGUCCUUCAGGCUAUGUGUACAAUGUUUCAAGUGGAUUAUGUGACGAUAUUGAUGAAUGUCAACAGCCGAAUAAAUGUAGAUCAUGGGAGAAGUGUGUUAAUGAACGUGGUUUCUUUUUAUGUGAAGCAAAAAUUAACUGUGUUCAUGGCACAAGAAUUAAUGAAGCUGGGACUGAAUGUGUAGAUAUAGACGAGUGCUUGGAGAAGAGCUACCACUGCGACGAUGGAAAGAUAUGUGUUAACACUCAAGGCUCAUACUAUUGCACAGAGUCGAAGUGUACAGCAUCCCAAAUCUAUGAUUAUCAUGAAAGGAAAUGUACUUGUGAAAAAGGAUAUCAUGGUCAAGGAGAUGAAUGUCUUGAUAUUGAUGAAUGCCUAGAAAACACACAUAACUGUACUGAAGACAGUACAUGCAUGAAUUAUAUCGGAGGAUAUCGUUGCGUACGUGUAGAAGAAUGUCAGUCAGGUUUCAAACGUAAAUAUCCACUUUCUCGAUGUGAAGAUAUUAACGAAUGUGAAUUGAAUAUAGCAAAUUGUGGAGCUCAUACCUUCUGUAGAAAUACAAUUGGUUCAUAUCAGUGUAUAUGUAAACAUGGUUAUAAGAAUAUUAAUGAAACAGACUGUAUGGAUGUUGAUGAAUGUGCAAUAUUCACACCGGCUGAAUCAUGUCCUGAUUCAAGAGCCCGAUGCGUCAAUACUCAAGGAAGUUAUAUAUGCCUAUGCCCUAAAGGUUUUAAUUGGAUAGGCUAUCCAGAUUUGAAAUGCAAAGAUAUUAAUGAGUGCCAAGAAAAGCCAAAUAUUUGUGGAAAAGAGCAUCAGUGUGUCAAUAUGAUUGGAAGUUAUCGAUGUGAAUGUGCCUCUGGAUAUAAGAAUGGUGAAAAUGAAAAAGUUUGUGUUGAUAUCGAUGAAUGUGCUGCUAAUCUAUACAGUAACAAUAACAAUUAUAUCUCUCCUUGUCCAUAUUCAUUGUGUAUUAACCAACCGGGAAGUUUCAGAUGUCAAUGCCCAGAUGGAUUCCGUUUAGGCAGAGGUAACCGCUGCUAUGAUAUUGAUGAAUGCCACGAAUUGGAAAAUGUCUGUAAAUCGAAUAAUCCAAAUGCUCUAAGACAAGCUUGUAUAAACCUUAUGGGUAGUUAUCGUUGUGUCUCGGAUGAAACUCCACCGAAUUAUACAAAAAGUCGACUGGGUAAUGGAUUUCGCUAUGAACUUAAAGAUGGUAUUACAUGCUCAAAUACUAGUGAACGGUGUAUUCAACGUAUGGAUGAUCUAUUCAUUGAAUUGGAUCAAGAUACAAAUGUACCACAAAUACUGGCUCGUAUUGAUACCGAAGGUUUACCGACAGGAUUUGUACGAUUCGACUUGAGUAAACACUAUGCAUAUCAAGCGUAUAGUGGCAAACAAAUUCCUGUUUCAACAGCAUUUCGUCUGCAACCAAGUCGUUCACAAGUUGGUAGUGUUGAAGUUCGUCUACUGCGUAAACUGCCUGCACCAAUGAACAUUCUUAUCUCUGUUCACGUGACAAUAUCAAAAGGUGAUGUAGAGAUUGCACAUGCUGUAACUAAACUCUAUCUAUUUGUUACGCAAUCAUUUUCUGAACGGUUGAGAUUUGGUAGAAAAAUUCAAAGAGGAAUACGUUAGACAACAAAAUCUCUGGCCUUACCGUCUCUCUCCACCCCUUUCUUCUCAUCCCUGUGUCAUGGAUCAUUUUUCUGCCUCCGACAUCUUUACUCAGUUGUUACCAUUGUGAUAGGAUUCGUCUUGCUUGUCUUCCUGCAUGCUAUUGUUUCCUGUCCUAGAUACCUGCUGUCCAAUUCAAAAAGCGUACAUAUAGCAGUCAAGGUGAAUGGUUUUUUUGCUGACGAGUGCUGCCUGUUCAAUAUGCGUCCAUUCUCAGUCUUACUAUUGAUGACAUCAAUGAUGAGAUACCUAUUCUGUUCGUUGUCUCUCUUCUAAUAGCAAAUAUCAACACACGCACACACAUGCACAAAAGCAUAUAUAUUACAAGUAUUUCUCCGUUUUAUUCAUUCAUACUUCUGUCUCUACUCUACAAGCGUGUUACUACUUGUUGUUGGUAUUUAUAUUCUUCGUAUCUGAAGAAAUCAAUAGAUUAUGCUGUAUUGAUUAUUAUUGCAUACAUACAAACACUGACAAAUAAAUAUGUAACCAUAUAUAUAUACUUUUAAGUGGACAACGUGUUUGUCUACUCUUGCUCAUUAAUUUUAAACAAUCCUAUUUAAGCGCCACAUGUUCAAAACUGAUACAUAUUCAAACAUAAAAUUCCAUUGACGAUACACAUCUUAUGCCUAACAAUUUUCACCUGUUGUUAAGAAAACAAAUUAAUUGUAAUGUUAUGAGUACUACAUGAAUUUGGGUGUUUUUCGCUUCGCUAAUACAUCGGCAUGAAAAACAACUGUUUUCUGUUAUUUUUCUUCCCAUUUUUCUGAAGAACUUCAUUCACGAAUUAACAUGACUAUCGAAGAACCCUAGGGAAUACUGAACAACGUUUCACUUCUGUACUGAUACUCAUUAGCGAUUUAGAAUAGGAAAUUCCUACCACAGAAAAUUCACAACCUUCAGUAUCUGUAAACAAACUCAUAAUGCAUGCAAUACAUAAUUAGACUG